AUGGAUCCUCAGGACGAGCGGACGGUUCAGGCCGCCGAGCAUCGGUCCACAACGAGCUCGCAUGCCGCCCCUGUUCACGCUGCGGCUUCCUCCAGCAAUCGUCCGGAAGCGACAUCGCUCGCGCUUCCCGCCACUGGCGCUGGUGGCAUGUCAUCAUCCACGUCGUCGCUCACGUCGCUUUCUGAGGAUGAUCCGUUCGGAUUGGUAUCGGCUGCUAGCAGCGUUGCCGUCGUGCCGGCCUCGUCGUCGUCACAACAGGCACCAACAGUCACGCAGGCCGCUCAUCCAGUCGUGCCCACACUUGGCGCCUCCACUGCUGGUCGACCAGUUGUCUCUGGUGCUUUUGCGCCCGCCGUGCGCGUUCCUUCUGGCGGCGCGCCCGCGGCCACAAAGUCAAAAAAGCCACCACCACUCACCGUCACCAAAGAGUACUAUAACAGUCAUGCCGGAGAGGAGGAAAUUUACAAGGAGGGUGCUCCGCCGAUCGAGAGCACGACCAACAAUGUGGAGGAGUUUUUGCGCUUGAGCGCCGAGAAGGGCAUUGACCUGAAAGAGACGGAUUUUCAGCGGCUGCUCGAUCUCGGUUCCGGUAGUUCUGGUGUUGUUACCAAAGUUCUGCAUCGGCCGACCAAGUUGGUGAUGGCACGAAAGAUUAUCCAUCUUGAAAUGAAACCAACUGUGCGGAUGCAAAUUUUGCAGGAAUUGCGAAUUCUACACAAGUGCAAAUCCCCUUACAUUGUCGGGUUUUACGGCGCCUUUUUGACGGGCAACGAAAUUAACAUUUGCUUGGAGUAUAUGGAUGCUGGCUCUUUGGACUAUAUUUAUAAGGCUUCGGGCCGCAUUCCGGAGCCGGUUCUGGGAAAGAUCGGUUUUGCCCCCGAACGCCUUGAAGGCGACAACUACUCUGUGCAGUCCGACGUUUGGUCUCUUGGUAUCUCUCUAAUCGAGAUGGCCCUUGGCCGCUUCCCGAUUCCUCCUGAGGAAGGCAAGCGCUCAACUCCAAUGGCCAUUUUCGAGCUUCUUGGUUACAUUGUGAACGGCCCACCGCCAAAGCUGUCGGACCCCAGUUUCUCUGUCGAAUUCCGAGAUUUUAUCGACAAUUGGUAA